AUGGAUGAUGCGUCCUCCUGCCUUGUGCCACACACCAAAGCGGAGGCCGUGGCGUUGUCUCUGCUGAGGGUUGGUGGCCGCGCGAAGGGAGGCGGCCUCGCCCAGCCCCUCAGCCAUGGCACACGCACCGAGAACGCCGACGUUUCGUCCACAACGCAGGCGCUUUCCGAUACGCCGUCACCGUCACGGCUGCAGCACGGCGCCCAUGACGACAGCGGUAGCAGCACGGUGGGAAGUCUCAUGCUUGGUCGUCUGGUGCCACGGGUGAAGAGCAACAGCAGCAGCUCGACCUUAGUCUCGCGCCAGGAUGUGACGCCUGCCGUGGUCUCGCUGNGUGCCACGGGUGAAGAGCAACAGCAGCAGCUCGACCUUAGUCUCGCGCCAGGAUGUGACGCCUGCCGUGGUCUCGCUGCGCUGGCUGCUGGAGCAUAG